AUGGUGCCACGUCGAGGGACAGACAAGGCGCUCGCGCGCGGCAAACCGGAACUAGUGUGGGGUAAUAGGCCCCCAACGGCCAAGUUUGGUGCUGCCCGAAUAAGAUUCGGAGCCAACUACGCAGUCGGGCUGCCACUACUUUACCCACUCUCCAUCAUCGCUCGCGGGGCGGCAGCCGACGACCUCGCUACUACGGCUAGGAUGCUGCCGGAUUCCCUCCGAGCAUCCGCUACUCUGGCAAUCAUCGUCGCCGCGGCGGCGUCGCCACUCACAUCCACAGGAGCGUGGGCUCGCCAACAGCAGCAACAUGCCAGACACUCCCCAGCAAUCGCUCGGUCGCUCGGCGUGCCAGAGGCGGGGGACUACACGGGCGCGCUCCGGCCGCAGCACGCCUACUACCAGCACAACCCGACAAGGCUGUCGGCCGGCAACCAGCACUGGGGCCACGCGACGAGCCGGGACCUGUACCACUGGGAGAACCAGCCGGAGGCGCUGUCGCCGCCGCCGCGGGCUCGCGCGUCCGUCCUCUCGGGCAGCGUCGUAACGGACCCCAACAACACGCCGGGCUUCUUCCUGGACCGCGACAGCGGCGUGGUGGCCGUGUUCACGCUGGCGGAGCACGCCGAGGACGACGGCACGCCCGGCACGCAGACGCAGGCGCUGGCCUACUCACUCGACGGCGGCUACUCGUUCCGGCACUACGACGGCAACCCCGCCAUCGACGGCGACGACGGCCAGCUCCGCGACCCAAAGGUCGUCCGGCACGAGAACCGCUGGGUCAUGGUGCUCGCGUACGCGCGCGAGCCCGCCGUCGGCAUCUACUCGAGCCCGGACCUGCGGCACUGGACGCACGAGUCCAACUUUUCGCGGCACGGCCCGCCAGGCGCGCAGUGGGAAAGCCCGAACCUGGUACAAUGCAGGGGGCGGGUCGGCGACGCAGUACUUCCCUGGCGAGUUCAACGGCACGCACUUUUCGCCCUGGGACGGCGCGACGCGCAUCGCCGACUUCGGCAAGGCAACUACGCGGCGAAGUACUUCUACGGCCUGCCCGAGGGCUCCGACGCCGUCGGCCUGGGCUGGGCCUCCAACUGGCAGUACGCCGAGCGCGUGCCCAUGGGCCAGCUGGAGGGGUGGCGCGGCGGCUUCACGCUGCCGCGCGUCCACUACCUGGCCAAGGCGCCGCGCGUUGGUGGACCAUGCUUCGACGGCGGCGGGGCGGCAGGUCCAGGCGGGCAGGGUGACGGGCGGACGGCGGCGCUGGGGCCGGGGGAGUCGGGGUCCGGGGCGUACUACAUCGACGCCAACGUGACGGGGCUGGACGCGGCGAGGCUAGGACCAGACGCGCAGCUCAACUUCUCGCUGUCGUCGCCGUCGACGGGCGAGGCGCUGCGGUGGGGCAUAGACUUUGGCGGCGGCAUGGCCUCUGGAUCGACCGGUCUGGGGCACGCGCUCUACGGGCCGGGGGCGCCGGCGUGGCGGAUGCAGGCGGUAGUGGACCGGAGCAUCUUCGAAGUGUUUGUCGACGGCGGCAUCCACGCGGCGACAGUGCUGAUCCUCCCGGCCAGCGUGUUGAAUGAGUUUGAGGUCAAGGUUGGAGGGCUCUCGCCUGACGCUAGGGUGAGCAUCGCCGUGAACGGCCUGGAGAGCGUGUGGAAAAGCUAG